AUGAUAUUGACUGUGGCACUGCUCUACUGCUUAUUCGGCAGGAUAUCUGUUGUUGAAUCGGAUCUCUCACCACUGUUAUCAAUGCAGUUAAUGCGACGGCUCGGCGAUGAAUACGUUGUUCCUCCUUCCAUCUAUGGCGUAAUAGAUUCGGCACCUAAUAAAAGGUUGGCAGGGAAAGACAGAAGAGGCGCAAUAAUGGGAUUUGAUGAUUUAGAAAUGUUGCGCUCGCUGGAUGGAUUGCAGAAGCCAAGCUUAUUUAAUCCAAUCCAGGAUUUGGAAAAGCUGAAGAAUCAAGAGGUGUUGUUAUAG